GCACCUUACAAUCACGAUUGAGCUAAAUUCUGACGAAAAUUCAAAUUUCUUUUUUGAUAGAAGUACAAUACUUAUCUCCUCCAACUCAGGCAUGAGUAAUGUUUAUUUACAUUGCACGAUUGGUCUGCUCAAUAAGGUAUUUUUGGCUUCACACUAUUCGUCUCUUUCCCUAUUCUCUUUGGUCAAAUCAAUAUUUGGAAUGCAAAAGUUUUCUUUGGCUGAUGUCACUACUCCGUUUUCGUUAAAUUAUUUGAUUGCAAACACCGCUUUUCAUCGUUAAUUUGGGUGAAACCAACAAUUAAAAACAAUCAUUGUUACAAUAAGCGUGAUGGCCGAUCCGAAAUUUCAAUUUCUGCCGUAUAUUGCUCACGAUCAACCCGAUGUCUACGAGACUCCGGAUGUCGCGGAAUCAGAGACAUCCGAUUUUUACGAAGAAGAACCAUCGAAUGAAAGUAUCGAACGUUUACAUAUUUCCACCAAGGAUUCGUACAACAAAUUCAAGGGAAAAUACCUUACUGGAGAUGUUGACUUCAGCGAUAGAAUUGGAAAAAGAUUUCGCAUCGGGUAUGACGCUCACAGUGGAGAGUGGGAUCUGGCUGGUGAAGGCGAAAAAGAAACUCCGAUACAAAAAUGUCUACGACUCCAAUGCGAGAUGAAUGAACUAAUGGACGAGAUUGCUACAUCCCAAGCGGAUGGCAGCAAAAGCAAGGAAGAGAAAGCCUCUUAUGAGGUGGUGUUUGAAGUAGUUGGUACAGCCAAGAAAGUCCUUGAAGGUUUAAAGCUGGAACAGGCGAUUGGAAGCGAAUCUGUUAAUACAGGAGCGGACAGUGAGGCGAAGACUCUACUGAAGAAGAUCGAAGAUUAUAAAAAGUCUGGCGGAGGAGAUCCUGGUAAGACAGUAACCGAACUUGUUCAUAGUUCAAGAAUCGCCGAACUAGAACUUCGUUUGCACAAGCUUGAAGUAGCUGUAGGAGCGAAGCCCGAAAAAAUAAGUCGUCUAGCUGGAUCGACAGGAGCGGGCAACUUGAUAGAAGCAGUACAGUCUAUUUCAGCAAAGGCUGCAUUGUUGCAACCUCAGCAGCUGGAUUUGAUUGAGGCUCGGUUGGGUAAUUUGGUUCAAAAAAUGGAACAGAUACAGGAGAAAUCUUCUGCGACUGGACAAGAUGCUAACAGGGAACAAAAAAUUUUGGAGCUACAUGAAAUCGCGAAGACUACGGAACCGAUUGUGCAAAUUCUUCCCGAUAUGUUAAACCGUAUGCAAACGCUGGAGUCGCUACAUAAAUAUGCAACCAACUUUAGUAAGCUGUUUGCCGAAUUGGAAACAACACAAUCCAGUAUUCUGAACGGAAUUGCUGGCAAUAAAUCGUUACUCACUGGGGUUCAGGAAGCCUUUGCCCAAAAUCUCGAAAAUGUUAACAGCGAGGUGAAGAAGUUGGAAGAGCGAAUGAAAACACUUCAAGAGAAGGUUAAGUGAGGGGAUUUAAAAGAGCAAAUCUAGAGAAAAUUUUCAAUAGGACGUAAGUAACAUUGAGAGCCUCUCUUUGUUUACUUCCUCUUUCGUUUAUUACGACGUCAUUACAACACUUUGCACUAAUUUUCCAAUACAUAUCGAAAGCCGACGGUUUUUACUAGAAUAUUAUGCAAAGAGUAGAGUAGUAAAUGUUGAUAUGGCCGAGUAAUGAACAGAAGAGAAAGACCCCAAAGAGAAUCUCUCAUUGUUACUUACGUCCUAUUGAAAAUUUUCUCUAGAAAUCAUUCUCGCGUGUAACUCAACAAGUAGAGGUAAUCGCAGUCUUAACAUGAUGUAGUCUGAAAAUCUCUGUAUGUUUCCAGAAAUUAUCUAAGACGAGACUCGCGGAUGCGAAAAAACUACGACAAAUGCAGACAGGGGGAACAGAAUGACAGACUGCGAGACGAAAACUAAAAUGAACAGAAGAAAAGAAAACAUCUAUUCGCGAGUCUCGUCACAAAAAAUAUCUAUUAUAUUCAGCAUAAUGCAUAUUUAUUACUAACGAUAUUCACGAAA